AAUGACAGUUCAGCUCGACGCAUACCGCUUGCUCGGUGGGUUGGGAAGAAAAAGAAAAUGUCAGCAGCAAUAAAAGGAAAAAGCGUGUGAUUUCUAACCUCCUGUGUUAUCCGAGAAAAGGAGCACUAGAUUAUGCGAACUGUCGUAAUUCGCGUGCAUACUGUGUCCGAGAAUUAAUUUCCCCUUGCUAUUUCGUAUAUUGCGGGAAGUGCUUCGGAAUCUUGGACUCGGACCUGCUGCCAUUCCUGCUCCGUGUUCAUCGCUCGCUCGCAAGUGCGGUCGCAGUACCUGCUUAUAAGGGGCCGCAUAAAAUUACGCCGUGCGUGCGUGUGGUAUAAUACUUUCGACGUAUCGACCGUGCCCCAUUCAAUGUGCGCACCACAUGUGAUGUGAUCAAAAUACAAAACAAACACAGGCCCCAUAGCAACGAUCCUUCCAGCGAAACGGGAACGAUUCGUCACGGCAAGUACGCAGGGACAGCAAUAAAAACAAACGUGAAACAGUGAAGCUGGGGACGGUGGAAUGUUUAUAAGAUUGUCACCGUGUCGCACAUGAGGUGGCAAUCUUCCAACUCUGGCAGGAACCGAGAGCGCGUUGGAUGUGAAGUCCGCCAAGAGAUAAGCAACGGAACCACCAGCAGCUAGUAGUGGGCUGUGGCACACUCUGAAGCCAAAUUGAUAACAACAAGGAAAAAAGGGAAAAGAUUGAUUCGGCAUUAUUCGCGUUCGCGCAACAAUUAAGGCCUUAAUCCCGUGACAACAUUAUCGUCCCGCGCCAAAUUACCAUUUAGCCAAGUCGGAGCAAAAAAGGCAUGAAAAACAAUGAUUGAAACGACUGAGCAAUCGAAGGACUCGAACGAAGCGGAAGAUGAGGAUGAUGCGUUGCUGCCGAUCUGCUUCAACUGCGAGCGCCACCUGGACAAGAUAGUGGGCAUCAAUUGUACGACGCAAAGCUGGCGCGUGCGGGAUCGCAUGAAAACGGUCAGCGUAGCGCUGGUGCUGUGCCUGAACAUUGGCGUCGAUCCGCCGGACGUGGUAAAGAUCGACAAAUGUGCGCGCGCCGAAUGUUGGAUCAAUCCGACAUCCUAUUCGCCCGGGAAAGCGUUGGAGAUGAUCAGUUACCAGCUGCAGAAGCAGUACGAGCGGUGGCAGCCCCGUGCCCGAUACCGGCACUCGCUCGACCCGAACAUGGAGGACGUCAAGAAGCUGUGCACCUCGCUGCGCCGGACCGCGAAGGAGGAGCGGGUGCUGUUCCACUACAACGGGCACGGGGUGCCGCGUCCGACGGCCAACGGUGAGAUAUGGGUGUUUAACAAGACGUUCACACAGUACAUCCCGCUGUCGAUCUACGAUCUGCAGACGUGGAUGGGUGCGCCCUCGAUUUACGUGUACGACUGCUCGAACGCCGGCAUCAUCGUGAACAGCUUCAACACGUUCGCCGAACAGCACGAGAGCGAAAUGGAGCAGAUGCGAAACCGGAGCGGUAGUACGGCCGGUCAGCAGCACGCCACUAGCGGCGGCGAUCUGCAGUCCGGGGAAGAUAGCCGGGUGUCACCGUCGCCUUCGGCCGGAGCGGCCGGCACGACGACGUACCGGAACUGCAUCCAGCUUGCGGCGUGUGCCGCCGAUCAGUUGCUACCGAUGAAUCCGAACCUUCCAGCCGACCUGUUUACGUCAUGCCUUACGACGCCAGUCAAAAUGGCGCUGAGAUGGUUCACGCUGCAGUCCACCUCCCAGCUCGUGCCGGAAGUGACGGAGGAGCUGAUCGAGAAGAUUCCCGGACAGCUGAACGAUCGGCGCACGAUGAUGGGUGAGCUGAACUGGAUCUUUACCGCCAUCACCGACACGAUCGCGUGGAACACGUUGCGGCCGGAGCUGUUUCAGAAACUGUUUCGUCAAGACCUGCUCGUGGCGAGCCUGUUUCGCAACUUCCUGCUAGCCGAGCGCAUCCUGCGCGCGUACGAUUGUACGCCGAUCUCGAGCCCGGCGCUACCGCCCAGCUACCGGCACCCGAUGUGGUCGGCGUGGGAUCUGGCGCUCGAUCAAGCGCUCGCCCAGCUGCCGGACAUCCUGGAGAAGGGAAAACCAUUCCAGCAUUCGCCGUUUUUUGAGGAGCAACUGACCGCGUUUCAGGUGUGGCUGGAGGGCAGCACGGAACAGCGCAGCCCCCCGGAGCAGUUGCCGAUCGUGCUGCAGGUGCUGCUGUCGCAGGUUCACCGCUUGCGUGCCUUGGAGUUGCUGGGACACUUUGUCGAUCUGGGACCGUGGGCCGUGAAUUUGGCGCUCAGCGUAGGCAUCUUCCCGUACGUGCUGAAGCUGUUGCAAAGUUCGGCGAAAGAGUUGCGCCCGUGUCUGGUGUUUAUUUGGGCGAAAAUUGUCGCGGUCGACGGAACGUGCCAGAUCGAUCUGAUACGGGAGCAGGGCCAUAAGUAUUUCCUGACCGCGCUGCAAGAAACCAACCCGGGCGGACAACCGUUCAAGGGCAAUCACCGCACGUACGCUGCCUUCGUGCUCGCCAGCAUUGUGCAUAACUUCCCGAACGGUCAGUCGAGCGCGCUGCAGGGCCAGCUGGUGUCCAUCUGUCUAGACCAGCUGAACGACGACAGCAAUCCGCUGCUGCGGCAAUGGUUGGCCAUCUGUUUGGGACAUCUGUGGCAAAAUUACGAGCAGGCGCGCUGGUCCGGUGUGCGAGACAACGCGAACGAAAAGCUUUACCCGUUGCUGAGCGACCCGCACCCGGAGGUUCGAGCUGCUGCCGUGUACGCGCUGGGGACGUUCAUCAGCUCGGUGAAGCAGCGGUCCGAUCAUGCCAACAACAUCGAUCGCUCCACAGCCAUGCACCUGUUCAUGACGGUAAGCAACGACAUGAGCCCGCUGGUGCGGAUGGAGUUGAUAGCGGCACUCCAGUGGAUGGUGCUGUUCUUCGAGACGCAGUUCGCCAGUACCUUCCUGCAGCUGGACAGUCCCGAGCGCAGCAUCACCAACCCGAUGAAGCGCGUGUCCAGCACGAGUAACAUCCUCGGGGUGGGCAAAUCCGUGAUGGUUGGCUUUUUCCAGAAGCUCUGGAACGGGUUCCUUGCCCUGUCGAAAGAUCCCUUCCCGGAGGUGGCCACGAUGGCCCAGAAGGUGGUCGAUUACGUGCGGGCCGACAGCGCGAAAGAGGUCACAGUGUGCGAGAAGGGUUCGCACCUCCACCAUCACCACGGUGGCAGUGCGGCCAGCGUAAGCUUACCGCCUUCGCCCAACACUCGGGUCGGUUUUCUGGCCGGCGAAUCACCACCAACGCACGGGAUGCACGUAUCGACCGAUAACGGAACCGGAGGCCAUCAUCAUCGGCUCGUGAACCAGCAAACACCGCUGGCAAUGAAAAAGCGCAUCCACGCGGUGCACGAUAGCCCCACGACGACGGACUAUACGGACGGCCAGGAUAAGGCAGCGUACACUGCAACGGGCUCACACACGCUGCCAGCGGCAACAACGGCGUUCGGCACCACACCGCUGAAACCGAUCGUUACGACGCAAUUCAUCGAAUGGUCGGUCAGCUUCUUUGCCCAACCGUCGAAGCGCGGGCACGAAACGAGGGCGGCGGCCGGUACGGACCACAAUUCGUACGAGUUUCUCAUCCGGAAAUCGCGCUGGUUGCGCAACAAGGAGGUGCGGGCCGAGGGCCGGUUGCAGCGGAAGAAGGCGAUCUUCAAGCGGCUGGAUGUGCAGAGUUGGUCCUGCCGUACGCAGCACGCGCCGACGAUCAUCAAGCUGAACCCGUACGACGAGCAGGUGGCUUUCGCCUACAAGGAUCGCGUCAUUGUAGUCAACACGAGCACGGAAGUCACGCACACCCUUACCCCCCAAAGACAAUCCAUUUACGACAGCACCAACAGUCUGACCAGCACCGGCAGCAGCAGCGGCUACCAGUCGUCCCUGCAGCAUCAGGGAUCGCACCGACUGCUCAACCAAUCGAUCAUGUUUCUCGAGCAGCACCAUCCGUCGCUGUCGUCCCAGUCACAGCAACCGCUGCCGUAUCCGCACCAGCUGAAGCCGUCGGCCGAACCAUCCGCAUCGCAUGGCAUGGGCAGCCAGGCGUUGGCCGUCACCUCGCUGGAGUUCCUGAAUGCGCACGACGUCGGUGUCAUAAUGGCCGGGUACAGCGACAGCACGAUACGGCUGUGGCGGCCAAAGGAAACCAGUGACGAGAACCAGCUGCUUUCGGCCUGGCACGGUUUGCUGGACUUCAACACAUCGAGCGCGGCGAAGGUGAGCUGCACGGAACCGGCCCCGGUUGCUCACGUUGGUGGUGGUGGUGGUGGCGGUGGCCUGAUACUGGCGUGGCACCAGCGCUCGCAAACGAUAAUGGCGGCGGGCGAAGCGAAGUACAUACGUCUGUGGGAUGCUGAGCGGGAGAUGCGUAUCUGUGAUAUUCCGAGCGGUUCCGACACGGCCGUACUGAAGAUGUCCUGUGCUCCGAACGGUUUGCUGGCGGUCGGGUUUUACGACGGAAGCGUGCGCACCUUCGAUCGCCGCUGCCCGCCUACAGAGGCGCGCUGUGCGACGAUAAGGGAAAACAUCAAUCCGGUGCUGGCCAUCUGCUUGCGGGACGAUGGCGAAUCGUUGGUGGCGGCCGGCGUAGAUGCGUGCGUCCGAUUGUACGAUAUACGGAAAGCGUACUCCUCCUACCACCAGUGGGCCGCCGGAACGGACGUCUCGGCCAUGGCCAUACACACGAGCGCCGACAUUCUGGCCUGCGCGACAAGUCAAAUUACCAUCUACGGGCUGGACGGGGUGGUGCUCAGCUCGGGGCGCAGCAACGAAGGCUUCAUGGCGCCGAGGAAGGGCGUAGCGUCCUGCCUAUCGUUCCACAAGUAUAAACUCAACCUGGCGGCCGGAUACAACGACAAUACUGCGGCGGUGCUAGUGCCAUAGAGGGAGUACGAUGGCUAUCGCGUAGAACUUUGAACUACACACACCAACACACAAAACAAAACUUUGCUUUAAUGCGCGCGCACGUAUAAUUUGCUUGCGGAUGCAUGCGCAAAACUGGACACCCUACUUGUAGGCUGUAUGGCAACGACACUAGCAGGUAACGUUGCCGAAAACUCAACUCAGCUGGUAGCACGCGCAUCUGCGCUGACAUGCAGAGCUGGAAGGGCCUGCAACACAAUCGGAUAGCAUCGAUUACGAACGAUCACUACCGUCGGAACCGCGGGCAAAAAAAGCGUUGCAUCCCGCGAAACGGAUGCAUCCAUCGUGAGAUACGCACGCGGCCUCUCGUUCCCAGUCGCCGCUAAUGCUAUUGCUAGAGCCAUGUAAAACUGUAUUUUUUCGUUUCUUUUCAAAGCCCGAUAUGUACGACAAAACAUUCGCUUAGAAAGCAAACAGAAGCAAAGAUGAUAAAACGCAAAACAAAAAACAAAACAAAAAACAAAAAAAAGCUAAGAAACAAAGUUUCGAAACAACUUCAAUGAAACGUUUGUUCCGAAAACGUGCAAUACUAGUGGUGUAAGAUCGUGUGCGGUACGUACAUAUCAUGUAGUUGCCUAGCAUUAGUCACUAACACCCCCCCACUGCUUAUCCCACAUUAGGAACGAAUAGUGUAAUAUAUAUAUUUUUAUAUGAUUUUUAAACGA